AUGGCCCGCGGUCGCAAGCCGAAAUCCACUGGUCUCAGCACCUCAUCGGCCGCUCAAUCAAGAUUAUCAUUCAACAAUAACACCGCAAGGGUGACCAAGCCGUCUACGAGGGCCGACGAUGCAUCCAAAAAGCUAGAAUCAUCAAAACUCAGGGACUCGGCACAAGUCCAGCCAGAGGAUGAAGUGCACGAAAUUGAGUCGCCCCAACCUGAAAUCAGAUCCGCGGAUGUCGAAGUCACACCCGAGCCCGAGACGAAAGAAGUGGACGUAGUGAUCCGAUCGUCGCCACGUAAGGUAGCGAAAUCACUCAAGAAGGCGACAAAAUCCACACCAGUGAAGGACGAGCGUGAGGGAGCCGCGGAGAAAGUGACAGAUGCGCAGAUCAAGAGGUAUUGGAAAGCAGAGGAGGACAGUCGACUUGCACCCAGAGUCCACCAAUCUUCACUCUCGCUGCAUGAAAAGAUCCUCCGCCAUUUCGACCUCUCGUCUCAGUACGGCCCAUGCGUUGGCAUCCCGCGACUGGCACGGUGGAAGCGGGCGAACAUGCUGGGGUUGGAACCGCCUACCGAAGUGCUAGCCGUGCUCUUGCGUGAAGAAGACAAGAAGACGAGUCAGGGAUGUGGCAAGCUGGCUUACAUCGAUGAACUAGCCGGUGGGAAGGCUCUAUUGGUUGAGUGA